CGCCACUCGGUAGAUUCUUUGUAUAGAAUUAACACUGAGCAUAUGGCUACAUUUUCAAUUACGAAGGAAGUUUUCAAGCUUUCUGCCGUUUCGCGCUGAGAAGGUUCUGGAUUCAAGAAGAUCAUAAAAGUUUCCCACAGUGUAAAGGCACUGCCUCUCAGAGGUCGUGUUACUGGGACAAAAUCGAUGAUGCUUUUUUAUUCGUUCUUAGUAACAAGUUUUUAAAACUCACCACAACAACUGCCAUGAUGUGUCUGAACGGAGGACAGCCAUACUAUUAAUAAUUAAUCGCUGGAAGAUUAUCGCCUCAGAAGCUUUGAACUAUUUCGUGUAUGACUGAGGUCAAGGAAAAUAUGGUCGAGAAUCAGGCUUCCAGUAAAUUAACCGAAGAGCAAAUAGAAGACUUUAGAAAAGCGUUCCUACUCUUUGACAAAGAUGGCAACGGAAGAAUAACAGCAGACGAACUGAGUGAAGUAAUGAGCUCUUUGGGUCAAAGUCCCACGAAGAAAGAGGUUGAAGCAAUGAUUCAAAAAGCUGACCAAGACGGUGAUGGUUCCAUUGACUUCCUAGAGUUUCUAGAAGUAAUGGCCAACAAGAUGGGUGAGCACACAUUUGAAGACGAUCUCAGGGACGCAUUUCAACUUUUCGACACAGAUUGCAACGGCUACAUUUCCAAACGAGAAUUAACUUUCGUCCUGACGAGCCUAGGGGAACAGAUCACUGAUGCUGCUGUGGAAAAUAUGAUCAAGGAAGUCGACCUGGAUGGAGACGGCAGGGUAAACUACGAAGAAUUCCUACGAAUUAUGAAGAAAUGAAUCAAACAUCUCGAGAACAAUCUGCCAGCCAUUGCAACCUAUCUAAGAGUCAGUUUAAUUUAGCCUCAUUUUAGACCUUCACCUAUUCUAAGUAUGUAAGGGAGGUCUAAUAUUUAGGCGAUGACGUUUUUUUUUUCCCUUCAAGUUGUACAACCAUAGCGUUGGCAAAAGGAAACUGUGCGUAUGAAUGAUAUAAUCAAAUUGGUAGCGAAUGAACGGGUCAAUCCCGUCUUUGACAUUUUUCUCUGAGCAGAGAUGUGUAUCACUUAUAAUGAGUUAAUUAUUUUGUUUCACUUCAAAUACCUCCUAAGUCGUAGUAACUUCACUUCACCUGAGAAUGUAAAUAAGCCGAGCCUUCAAAUUUAUGUAUUAAAGCUUCUUUUUUAGUGUCUCAUCAAAUAAUGCGGAGAGAGGAGAGCCGUGAUCAACCUGGUAACUUACAACUGAGUCAAGAUUUGAUCGCGUUUUGUUUUGUUUUGUUUCAUGUUCAGUUAAAGUAACAGAGCUGAAUUUUGAUCACAAAUAAGUGCAGAAAGUUAAACUUUAACUUGUCAGUAGUAACCAAUAACGAAAUGAUCUUCAUAGGUUAACAGUGAUCAAAGGAACUGCAGAGUACGAAGCUCAUGUUUCGACGGGGUUUGCAAAUAUUACCCCCACCCUAAAUAGCAGUUGUGUGCUACUAACUGAGUCACGAAGUCAGAAGAUGGGAAUAAGGGAAAUUUUAGAGAGCUGUUUGUUCCCACGGGUAUUUUUCGUUAUCAGCUGGUUGCGAAACGGGGCUUCCCCCCUCCCCCAACCAAUAUCCCUCCGUUUUUAAACCCUCUAUCAUAAACCGGACCAAAACGAAAUAACAUUACC